UAUCUCCUUGACACUUUUAGGAGUUCAAAAUGGAGACAGAAAGACUUGUAUCCUGAGAGAAGCGGGAAUAGUCUCUCUGCCAUCGAUAGCAACUUCCGUUUCUCUCUCAGCCCAUCUCAUUCCUCUUCUCCUGCAGCAGCAAAUAUAACUCUAGCAGCUAUUGUCUUCCGCCCCCUCAAUUUUAUUAAAAAUCCUCAUCUUGCCCCUCCCUUUCCCAAAGACACCACUUCUCACUUUUCACUGAUAUUUUCACUUUUCAAUUGCUGCCACUCUCCAGCUCCUUGUAAAGAGGAUUCUACUGGUUUGUUUGAAUGUUGUCUGAGCUCCUUAUCUAAUAAUAUUGAUAUAAUUUGACUUUCGAUUUCAGUCCGCUUUAAAUUCCCAUUUCCAUGCCAACGACUCGUUCUCGGAAGCGAACAGGCUCCACCUCCUCCGACUCUGGCCUCCAAAACAGUCUCCCUUCUCCCCUCGGGCUGGGCGUGGCCAUAAACCCUCGUUCCCUCCCAGAAGAGGAACAUCGUGAUUUAUUCAGUGAGGGUGGGGCCACUCCUUAUCUUGCUUCUAUGCAUCUAGACUCCUCCGUCCUGAUGUGUUGUAAUCCUCGUGGGUGCAUCCUCGGACCCAUAGAAACAGGAUCAGCCACGCCCACCCAGCAGGAAGUCGUACGGAUGAUGUGUUCUAAUGAAAAGUGUCCAUUUUCCCCAUACAUGCACUCUGAAUGCUUUGACUCCUUUGAGGAGCAGAUUUUAAGUUGCUUAAGGGGAAUGAGUCGAGCUAGGAAUUGGUCCGAAAAGCAAAGGAAGCAAAACCUCUGGACAAAGAAAGGCUACGAUUUAGUUUUCAAGUUCUGUGCUUGUCAGUGUGGGAAGGGGAACCUCCGAAAGGACCUAAACCACACCCUCCCUGAUCCCCUCCCUGUGCCUGCCCUACCCACGUCUGUGUCCUCCUCGUCGGUUUCAAUAGCGACUGAUAAAUCAAAAAAGAAGCGUAAAAAAUCUUCUAGUCUUUCGUCCGAUCGUCCAUCGUCUUCAUCAGCUCAAUCUCACGUCCCAGCUCCUCCCUCAGCAUCACACAAUCCCCCAGCACAGACCAGAGCUCGUAGUCGGAGCCAGCGUAACUCUGACUCCAUAUCCAGCGACAACGGACUCACCAAUUACAUGCAGCCGUUUGCCCACCGUACCGAUUAUUCCGUUUUCGACCGCUUCCUUCCUCGCCACCUCAUCAAUGGGUACCACAUAAAGAUGGAGGAUGAUGGCUAUGCUGCUGGAGAUGAGACGAGGUCCUUUGUUCUCAGUAGCCUUGCCUUCCAUCGUACCAACACUGUCACCUGCGUCCUAUGCAAUGACUCGCUUUGCGUCUAUGAUAGAUAUCCUUUACUCAACGGGACCCUGUUUCUCUCUCCUAUCCAGCUCUACUCUUCCUCUCUGGAGGUGGAAGGCAAAGGUGACGACCCAGUCUUCAUGUCUGCUGUCUGUUUGGCGUGCAUGGUUGGUUUAAAUUCGAUUAAAUGCUUGUCUUGCAGUAAGCAAUGGGACGGCUCCAGUCACCAGAUAGGAACGCUGUACACGUACGAUUUAUUCUCGUCUACUCUUUGCUGCCCCAGUUGCGUGCUGUGUAAAAAAUGCUCAAAGCCAAUGCUGGAUUUUGGUAAGGUCACUCUCUCGUUCACUUCUCUCUCCUCUUUAUACGAGUGUCCUUAUUGCUCUCACAGGGACUACCAUUUCCUCAAAUCCUCUGAAAAUCGUUUUAAAAUAAUAAAGCAGCACUUUAUGGAGACCAAAUGAUUUUCACACCUCUCUCUUUUUUUCUCUCCUUUGAAAUUCUUUUCUUUUGGUUUGUAAUCAGUUUUCUACUACAGGCACCUGUUUAACUCAGCCCCCCCCAUACCCUCCCCCCACUUUGCAACUUUUGUACUGAUACUAAUUUAAGUAGAUACAAUUAUAACUCUUAUUUUCUUUCUUCUUACAAUACAAUUUCUUAUUUUUUCACUUUUUGCAUAAUUACUUUGAGUGCUAAUA